AUGUCUGGAGGAUCAUCUAGAGACAGAGAUAUAGGUAGGAAAUGGAAAUCCCGCGCAUUAAAAAGAAAUGCUGUACCUUAUGUCCAACCAAGCUCUGAAUUUCAGUAUGAUGAAAUUUCUCAUGAAAUCUUCUACUGGUGUCACUGUUUCACAGUUUACUCCAUUUUUCAAGAUAAAGUUUAUUGCUUUCCAUGCAGACUUUUCUCACAUUUACGGACACAAGUAGUUAUGGAAGGAUGUUGUGAUUGGAAAGAUUUGAGCCGAAUAUUACAAAGACAUGAACAACGCCAAGGACACAAGGAAUGCAUGAUUAAAUGGAUGGAAUUAUAUAAAGCAAUAAAAUACGGAAAAACAAUAGAUAAGGAUAAUGAAAAAUCGAUUAAAGGUUCACAAAAGUACUGGUUUAACUUAUUUGAAAGAAUGAUUGAUGUAAUAAACUACUUAGCUGUACACAACUUAUCAUUUAGAGGCCAUCGAGAAUCUCUUAAAUUUAGCAAUAGACGGAAUAGUGACAAUUUUAUAGAUUUAUUCAAGUUGUUAUCGAAAUCUGAUUCGACCCUACGAGUCGAACACAUGCAUCGCAUUAAUGAAAAAAACACUUACUCAACAUUAUCUGAGCCAUGA